UGUAAUUGAUUCAUCACACGAGUCUUCGGAAACUCCACUAAAGAAGUUGAGAAAAUUGAUGCACAGAUAAUUCCUUCGCUUACACCAGAAAUUCAGGCAAGAUUAGGAAAAUCUAAGCUUCACUCACAAUCCGUAAGGGCAGAAAAGAUUGCUGAUUCAUCAGGAAAAUCCCUGAAACUGCAGCGCAAGUCGCCACAACGGAAACUUUUCUCUGCGACAAGGAAGAAACUCAGUCGAGAGUGUAAACAAAACGCAUUUUGAAGGCGAUUUCUCACCUCAAAACCACAUCAGGAAGCUCCUCAGCGCGACCAAAGGCAACAGUGAAGCGGAGGAAAGACCAAAGAUGACGAGUCUACUGAAUUUUGGGCCAACUGAUCAGAAGAAGCAGCUGAACAAGCUGAAGCACGACCUGGAGGACUGGCGUGAGGUCAUCCUGCACGCCAGCAAGAUCCUCACGUGGGAGAAGGCCUUCUAUCCGGCCGUGAUCUUCGCCGCCGUCACGAUGCACUUCCUCUUCCUCUGGUACCUCGAUCUCUCGGCGCUCACGCAGAUCUCGCUCACGCUGCUCUGCCUCACGCUCGGCGACUACCUCUAUCCCAUCGUGGGCAAGCUCGUGUUCAAGCCGGACAAGUGGACGGGCGUGCAAGAGAAGGAGUUCGAGGAGAUCUGCGUCAGCAUCUUCGGCGCCAAGCAAUGCCUCUGCGGCUUCCUCCACUUCCUCAUCGUCACCAAAGAGAAGAAGUCCAUGCUGUUCCUCGUGAGCGUGAGCGCUUUCCUGCUGCUCCUGGCCUGGAUCGGCUCCACCAUCGACAAUCUGGUGCUUACUUACUUGUGCGCGCUCUUCGUCGUCUACUAUCCGGGCCUGUGCAAGAUCGGCGUGAUCGCCAAGGUGAAGGACGUCGUUGGCGGCGUCUUCUGCUCCGCCGCGCCGGCCGCCAAGACCGACUAAGCAUUUUGCGCGCAUCUUCACAAGUAUUCCAUAGUCCAAGUGUCACAAUUUAUCGUCGUAAAUUGAGGUGUUUUUCAUCUUAGGAUUCACGUAAAUUUAUCAAAGGAAAUCGUAAGGACUUCACGCGGCGCGUUCAGAAGCUAUAAAGAAAAUUCCCAAAAAUUUAAACUGUCGCAAAGAGAUUUCAGCUGACAUUGUAAUUGUUUAGUGAACCCUAAAUGUUUAAGGCUUGUGUAAAUACUGAGUUUCUCUUCCGCAUUUCUUUAUUAUUAUUCUCUGUGAGUCAAUUUCUGAGGCAAUUCACAAUCUGUUGAAUCAAACUGAGUUCCAGUGCGUGUGACAAAUUAUUGAUAUUAACUAUUAAGUAAUAUGAUUUAGUGAGGUAUGAAAUCGCAUUGCCAUUAAUGUAUACCAAAAUGUUAAAAUCCAUCCUCCCAUAAAAAUAAAAUUCAACUUCUCACGUUUCAUCACAAUU